GACACGGUCGCCAAGAUCAACACGACCGCUCGGGUCCUCACCUUUGGCGUCGUUCCUCCAGACAACACCAUCGGCGCAGGAGACAUCUUCACCAAAGACAGGUUCAUCAGCAAGAGCGUCUCGCUGACGCAGUGGUCGAUUGAAUCGGUGGUUCAAGGCUUCUUCCGCUUGAAGUUCGACUUCAUGGGCCUGCCGACCUGCACGCGCGCCUUUGUGGGCUGGUACACCAUGAUGCCCAUUAGAUCGGACUACAACUCAACCGUCUUCGGUCGGCACGGGUGGUUGGCUUCAACUGAAGGGAGCUACUGUCAGGACGGUAGAAUGAAGCAGUCGACGUGCGACCAGAGCUUCACGCCGCUCAUAGCGAACUCCACCUGGAUCGAGUACACGAUCGAGCCUGCCCUGGAGUCCCUCAUCGACUAUCCGCGCAACGACACUGCUAUCGCCGAGGGAAUCUACCUCACCAUCGAGAGUCUGGGACCCCAGGGCGAUGCCUGCUUCUUCGACAACAUCGUGCUGGAGGAGCUGAUCCCCUCCACCAACACAACGAUUGUCUCCGCGGGUGACGUGGAUGUGACCUUCAAGCUCAACUCACCCUCCUUCGUGCUUCAGCCCAGUGAUGGAGGCGACGAGGCAGCCAGCGGCAACUUCGUGCGUGUGCUGGAGAUCAACGGCACCACCCUCCUGCCCCAGGUCCUGCGCUACGUGCCGGGAGUGGACUACACCCUCAACCGAUCCACGGACGGCCGCGGACUUGGCGACCAGGUCGUGACGUUCUCCAACUCGUUGCCUCUUUAUGGUAUCAAGGAGGCCUCGUGCGCGUUCUCGUUUGCCACCUUCUCCCAGGAUGGAGUGGUGGACACGGGGCUGUCCAACUUCACGGCGCCGACGGGCUCGCUCGAGUGGUCGCUCACCCUCCGCCACUGGCCCUUCAUCAACCCGAGCAACACGCUGCUCCUCGAGUUCGGCCUGUCGCACUUUGCCAGCGCGUCGGGCCAGGGCCAGUACGUGAUCGACGAGGUGGAGUUCGUGGCGGCGGAGAAGACCCACCGCUACACGCUGCGGGCGGUCGCAGACGACACCAACUCGUCGCUGGCCUCGGGCCUCGUUAUCAAGCUGAUCAUGCCGCUCGUGGCCACCGUCGACGGCGUCGCACGCUCGAUCGAUGCGCCGGUGCUCACCACCGCGGUGGCGCUCGCGGCCAUGAUGGCCAACACGUCGGCCUUGUCGGGCUCGCCCGUGUCGGCGCUUCAGGCCGCCCGGGGGGAUCGGGUGGACACCAUCGCGUUCGUGUUCCCCAGCUUCAGCCAGUCCCUCACCUAUGACCCCAAUCUAGGGCUUCUUGUCGCGUUCAUAGGAAGGCAGGACAGUGGCAGCAGCAGCAGCGAUGACCACACGCUGCUGAUCGUGCUCACCACGGUCCUCGUAUCGUGCGCGCUCCUGCUGGUGAUCGUGGCGGGCGUCGCAACGCUGGUGGUGAUGAAGGUCAAGGCCAGUCGGACCGUCACGCAGGAGGAGUUCGUGCAGCUCGACCACCGCUCCGGUCUCGUCGAUGAAAACGCUCUGUAA